AUGCUGACCUCCACGGCCUUGGGCCUUGUGACAGGCAUUGUCAUCUACUUCAAGAGUUCCGUCUUCUACUACCAUUACACCGGAGCUGCAACCUACAGAAGUGUCGUUCCCUCGCAGCCAGCAGAGACCAUUCUCGAUGCUGGCGUUGUCAACUUUGCAGUUGGCAGCGGUGUGGAUGCCAGCCGAUCUGUCGGCUUCCAGUCUGCAGCUGACGCUGCCCUGAUAUGUGUAGCCCCGAUCGUAGAUGCAUCCAUGAAACCGCAGACUCCCGUGAGCUUGUAUGCGUAUGGUGUCAAUUGCUGCAGCUUCCGUGGCAGCUUCCAUUGCGAUGACGCACUGAACCCAAACGCGCGGUAUGGCUUCGUGCGACCGGAGCCCACAGCAGUUCUUCCGCCUCUGCUUGCGGACUUGGCAUCGGGCCCAAGUGAGGAGACCCUUGCGGCUGCUGUCCGGCUUCAGCAGGCAUCUUAUGGAGGCUCAGAGAAGCACGUGAGGAACAUCUUCGUUCGUUAUGUCAAUGAUCCGCUGGCUGCCAAGAUGAGCUUUGUUGAUACAGCCGUUUUGGCAGGAGUGUCUUGCUCCAGUCUGUUCCUGGCAGGGCUGCUUGCAUCUGCCUCUGUUGUUGUUCUAGGGGCCGGAAAAGUUGGAUUGAUCCUGAAACGGCUGGUCGUUUGA